GCAGGAGCCCAUUCGACCCCCGGAUUCCCUCUCUCUCGCUCGCUCUUGCAGCAAAUCCAUUCCAUUUUCUUCCUGGAGAGAACUGAAAAAGGGAAGAAGAAAAAUCAAGAAGGCAAAAUGGCGGUUCUUGGUCUAUCCACAGCCUUCUUCUCUCCCCCAAGAGGUUCUUGGAUAGCCGUAAGGCUGAGGCAGGGCGGGGCCGCGGGGAGGAGCCUGUGGCUAAGGAGGUCCGGCGCUGCCUCGGCAGUGGCGGCCCGUGCGGAGGUGAGCUUCGUGGACGGCGACGAGGCGAAGCGGCUGGUGGCGGAGGAAGGGUACACGGUGCUGGACGUCCGGGACCGGCGGCAGUACGAGCGGGCGCACGUCAAGGCCUCCGCCCACGUCCCGCUCUUCAUCGAGAACGACGACAACGACAUUGGGACGAUCAUCAAGCGCCAGGCGCACAACAACUUCGCGGGCCUCUUCUAUGGCCUAUCCUUCACCAAGCUCAACAAGGACUUCACCAAGAUGGUCAAGGACAAGUUCUCGCCAAACGCCAAGUUGCUGCUCGUCUGCCAGGAAGGCCUCAGGUCCACAGCAGCUGCAGAUGCAUUGGAGAGAGAAGGCUUUCAGAACCUGGCCUGCAUCACCUCAGGUCUUCAGACACUUAAACCAGGAACAUUCGAGUCUGUCGGCAAAACCGAGCUGCAGAACGCAGGGAAGGCCGGGCUUGUGACCAUCCAGGGGAAGAUCUCCAUAGUUCUUGGGACAAUCUUGAUAAGCUUGUUGCUGUUCAUAACAGUGUUCCCGGAUCAGGCUGAGAAGCUCUUCGAGUUGGCGGGCAUUAAAUUGUGAGCAUAAUUGGUGCUCUUUUCAAUGCUCUUGGGGGUUCAUAUUUUCAUUGUCAGGUUAAGUUUAUCAGUAGGUGGGAUAUCUUCAGACUGAAAAGGAAGUUAGGCUCUAUGUAGGGAAUUUCUGAAUAUUCCAAUUGUAUUUUGGCUUAAUUUUUUUUCUCCAAUGCACCCUCUCCUGUUUCCGUUGUAUGUUGGAUCCAUCGAUUUUGUGCUAUUUCAAGGAAAUAUCAGGCGCGUGCAGAUUAAUGGCCCAGGAUUUCUCA